AUGCAAAUCAAGACUGGAUAUUAUAUUGGAAUCGAUGUGGGAACAGGGAGCGCACGCGCCUGUUUAAUUGACCAUACUGGCGAGAUUGUCAGCGUUGCUUCUGAGAAUAUUGGUCUUUGGCAGCCAGAACAGGACUAUUACGAGCAAUCGACCACUGAUAUCUGGCGAUGCAUUUGCCUGGUUGUCCGUCGAGCCCUAGAAGAGCACAAUACGCCGGCAUCACAAGUCCACGGCAUCGGACUCGACGCCACAUGCUCCCUAUGUCUUUUCUCAUGUGAGACUGACGACCCUAUCUCUGUCACCGCGCCCGACUUCAAUACAGAACGCAAUGUUAUUCUCUGGCUGGAUCAUCGUGCAUCGAAAGAAACGGAUAUCAUAAACGCCACCGGUCACAAAGUCCUGCGUUAUGUGGGAGGAAAGAUGUCUCUUGAGAUGGAGAUGCCCAAGAUUCUCUGGUUGAAAAACAACAUGCCUAAGGAGACCUUUGCUAAAUCCAAAUUCUACGAUCUUGUCGAUGCUCUCACACAUAUUGCGACGGGUGGGGAGGCGAGAGGCUUCUCUAGUAUGGUCUGCAAGCAGGGGUAUCUACCGAAAGGUGUCGAAGGGAGUGAGAAGGGCUGGCAGGAGGACCUCCUGCAGCAAAUUGGAUUGGGAGAGCUUGCUGGAAAUGGGUUUGACCGAAUUGGAGGUGUUAACGGAGAGACUGGUCGACACUUGAACGCAGGUGACCUUGCCGGCACUCUUUGCGAGAAGGCUGCUAAUGAGCUGGGCCUUCUGCCGGGUAUUGCGAUCGGAAGCGGUGUCAUUGAUGCAUAUGCUGGAUGGAUUGGUACUGUUGGUGCUAAGGUUGAUAUGAAGCAGCAGUCAACACCAAGCAUCAACUUAGACUUGGCUUUCAGUGGAAGGAUGGAAGCAUUCUCACGACUGGCUGUGGUUGCUGGAACGUCAUCGUGCCAUAUCGCUAUGUCUCCUAGGCCUGUCUUUGUGCCUGGUGUCUGGGGUCCGUAUCGAGAUACGAUCUUCCCGGAUUGUUGGAUGGCUGAAGGAGGUCAGUCUGCGACCGGGCAGUUGCUCAAGCAUGUGCUUGAGACACACCCGGCAUCUAAGCAGGCACUUGCCAGUGCUGAGAGCGCUGGGAUGAACAUAUUUGACUUUCUCAAUAUUCAUCUUAGCCAGCUAGCAGUCGAAAAAGGCGUGCACUGUGUAGCUGAUCUAGCGCGGCAUUUCUUCUUCUAUGGAGACCUGUUUGGAAACAGGUCCCCGUUGGCAGACUCUAAGAUGAGAGGUUCCAUGAUUGGCUUAUCAAGUGAUAUCUCGAUUGACAGUCUCGCUAUUCAGUAUUAUGGCACCCUCGAGUUCAUCGCUUUACAAACCAAACAGAUUGUCGACGCGAUGAAUGACUCGGGGCACCAUAUCAGUCACAUUUUCAUGUCGGGGUCACAAUGCCAGAAUGAUAUUUUGGUCAAUCUGGUUGCCUCAUCUUGUAACAUGCCUGUCGUGGUUCCGAGAUACAUCCAUGCUGCUGUCUGCCAUGGUGCUGCCAUGCUUGGUGUCAAAGCAGCCACGGUGAAUGCGGAGGGCAAGACGAUUGAUUUGUGGGAUGUGAUUGAUGAAAUGAGCCAGCCUGGUAAAGCAUUCUACCCUACAGAGGAUAAGCACGAAAAAGCUCUGCUUCGGGCUAAAUAUCAGGUCUUCUUGGAUCAAUGUGUGAGGCAGCGAGAGUAUCGAGCCAUUGUGGACGAUGCGACCGGCGAUUCUUAG